AUGGGCGAAGGCUGUUUGCAGUUCAGUCGGGCUACUAAAGAUAAUGGGGCAGUGUCUACUGUCACCAUAUUUUACAAGCCGUCUGAAGGAAGAGGGCGUGGGGCUGUCAGUGCACCCACCACCAGCAAUACUCCGGUUACCAUCCCUGCUCCGGUAACCAUCCGUGCACCACUUACUAUUGUGGCGUCCGGCAGAGGACAAGUUGAAAAUAGUAGAGCUGUGCCUUGGAGAUACGACAACGCCUAUCGCCGAGAUAGAAGGGCUGGUAACCAGACAAGACCAGCUGUGCAAGCACCAGUUACUAUCAGUGCUCCUUUUGAAAUUGGAUUUGUUGGUUGUCUGUUUACGAGUAUUGGUUGUAUAUCAAAUAAUAUAAGUUAUUUUAGCUAUAUUAGAAGUAGUGGAAUCAAAAUAGGUAGUCUAAAUGAGUCUCCAUGUUUAAAAUUGGUAAACCACAAUAGGAAGAUAUUAGAUUUGGAAAAUUCAGUCGCUGAUUGGUUUGGGGAUGUUAUCUGUUAUUCUGGUCUUGUCGGUUUAUGUGUUGUUUCGUACAUGACCAUAAACCAUGGCAUGCAGACAUCAUUUGCAGAGAGGUGGCAUUCACAUACAUCAUCUUUCCACCUUCAUAUAGGCAAGAUGGCCAUCACCUUGGAUGACAUAUCAUGCCUCCUGCAUCUUCCAAUCAGGGGAAAAUUACUAGGCCACGAAAGGCUCGGUAGAGAGGAAGUCAUCGAGAUAAUGGUAACCCAUUUGAGAGUUGACCCAACUGAGGCCUCAAAUGAGGUAGCUAACACCAUAGAUGCUCAUGCUAGGUUUAAACUCUUGGAACAACUUUAUAAAGACCACAUGCAGUGGGAUGAGUAUGACGAUGGUGAUAAUAUGCAAGUUUAG